AGCCGGAGGCCCCUCCGAGGGCAGGGCUGGAGCCAGAGCCGGAGGCCCCUCCGGGGGCAGGACUGGAGCUGGAGCCGGGGCGAUGGGCCCCACAGGAACCGAAGACGGGGCAAUGGGCCCCACAGGAACCAAAGACGGCGCGGCACAGGGCCUCUCCUCAGCUGGAGGGAGUGGAACAGCUCGGGGCCUCUCCUCAACCGGAGGGAGUGGAACGGAGCGGGGUCUCUCCUCGGCUGGUCGGAGUGAGGCGGCACUGGGCCUCUCCUCAGCCAGUGGGAGUGAGGUGGCUCGGAGCCUCUCCUCAGCCGGAGGGAGUGGAACGGCUCAGGGCCUCUCCUCAACCAGAGGGAGUGGAACGGCACGGGGCCUCUCCGCAGCCGGGAGGGAGGCGGCGCGGGGCCUCUCCUCAGUAGGGGGUGCGGUGACUACGACCCGCUCGGGAGUUGAGGGGGUGCAGGACCCUCCGGGGCAGGAGGGGUUUCUUAGCGGGUGGCUCCAUAGGUAGCGGGGACACCGGAUCGGGUGGACUGCCAGGUGGGGUCGCCUCGAGCCCCUCAAAGGCAGCGCAGGCGGCCUCGAGCCCCCAAGGGCCGUCAUGGCGGCCUCCCGUACCCAGGAUCCUGCGAGAGAUCCACGGAGUCAUCAGAGCCCGCAAAAAUGGUCCUGUAGUGCUCAGCGGUGGCCAGGAACGCCUCAAUGGCCGGAGAGGGAGCCUCAGUCCCCAUAGAACGGAGAUAACCGGCCAGCCUCUCAGCGGCUGCUGAGGUGGCCUGUAGAAUCUCUGAAUCCGGCGGGGGCAGUACAAUAAUAACAGGGGUGCCUGCUGGGUUCAUGAGUGGCUGGGCCAUUCUGUUAGGAACGGGCGGAGUGAACCCAAGCAGCUGUGUUCAAUCUCAGAAAUUAGUCACGACAUGUCUCUUGUGCCUGACAUACAGGCCCUCUGAACCCUGCUCUAUUCAGUUUAGCCCUUUGAUGGUGGGACAGUGGUGCAUUAUUGGAGCUUUUGUGUGCAUGCUGUAUUGUUUUCCUGGGCGGUCUGUUGAUUGUCAGCAGGAGGCCGGGGGAGGUGGGCUUGAAUUGUGAGUUUGUGUGUGUGUGUGUGUGCUGACAUGGACCUUCUGUAAUGACAUUCAGUUGGAUGACUGGUGUGGCAGCGAGGACACAGAGAGGAGAGCAAGAGAGAAAAAGAAAGUGACAGAGCCACAAAGAGAGGUCAAGAGAAGAGAAAGUGUGUGUUUGUGUCAUCAAGGACGGACGACAGCGGCUUGAAAUGGAAUCGAAGACACUGAGACAAACUUGGGAUUAUCAGUAAAGGAUCAUUAGAAGCGGAGUUUCUCAAAUAUGGACUAGUCUGGGAGCCUAUUUAUAGAUACACCAACACACAUAUACACAUACAUAUACGCACAUUUGGUUUGUUGUCUUGGAAGUGGACAGGGGUCAGUAUGCAGGAGUCUCCGGGAGCCGUGGGAGUAGAUGGCAGCUACGCCAGCAACGUUCCAGCCUUCCUCACCAAGUUGUGGACGCUGGUGGAGGACCCAGAUACCAACCACCUCAUCUGCUGGAGCGCUACUGGAACCAGUUUUCAUGUGUUCGACCAGGGACGUUUCGCAAAGGAGGUUCUGCCGAAGUACUUUAAACACAAUAACAUGGCGAGCUUUGUUCGACAGCUCAACAUGUAUGGUUUCCGUAAAGUGGUGAACAUCGAGCAGAGCGGACUAGUGAAGCCCGAGAGAGACGACACAGAGUUCCAGCAUCUGUACUUCCUGCAGGGUCAUGAACACAUGCUGGAACAUAUCAAGAGGAAGGUGUCCAUAGUGAAGAGUGAGGAGACCAAAGUUCGUCAGGAGGAUCUCAGUAAACUGCUGUAUGAGGUUCAGCUUCUCAGAACACAACAGGACAACAUGGAGUGUCAGAUGCAGGACAUGAAACAGCAGAAUGAGGUGCUGUGGAGAGAAGUGGUUUCACUGAGACAGAACCACACACAGCAGCAGAAAGUCAUGAACAAGCUGAUUCAGUUUCUGUUCAGCCAGAUGCAGUCCAACACACCCAGCACUGUGGGCCUAAAGAGAAAGCUGCCUUUAAUGUUGGACGACGGCUCUCCCAGCCCUCCUGCCUCCAAGUUCAGCCAUAGUCACUCGAUGGAGUCCAUGCACGAGCCCUUCUACAUCCAGUCGCCAUCCAGUGAUACUGCUUCCUGCUCCACUAGUGGACUGACAGGAGGACCAAUCAUAUCAGACGUUACUGACAUGUCUCAGGCCAGCAUGGCUCUUCAGAUGCAGCCUGAUGAAACCAGGGAGAAGUGCAUGAUGCUUAUUAAAGAAGAGCCCGUGAGUCCAGGUGUAAGAGGAGGAAAAGGAGGCAGUGUAGGAGGAGGAGAGGCUGUAGCGUUGGCCUCCUCCUGUGAGGUCUGCUCCUCCGAACCCCCCAUCCUCCCCGUCGCAAUGGUCCAGUCCGUUCUGGAGGGGAGGGGCUCAGCGGCCUCGAUGGGGGAGAGGAGGAGUAAGAGACCCGCCCUGGACAGAGUGGAAGUUUCAGACGCGGUGGAGAACGUAGAUAUGAGCCUGGAGGAGCUGCAGCAGCUUCUGCUCAGGAGCCAUCAGCAGAACACUGUGGAAGCUGGAACCAGCGCCGUCAUGGAUCCUUUCAGUUUAAGCCUGCCUCUGACUGAGUGGAACUUCACAGAGAUGGAGUCCAACCUCAAAUCAUACAUGUUCCAGAGCCAGGAAGCGGAGGCCUUUCCACCUGCUGGCUGCGAGGAGCAAUGAAACUGUGCUGUGGACUGAAGUGGAAGGCCACAGAAGCUGCUGUUAGACUCAUUAUUCCACCCUGCAUGAGUUUGAUCCCAAGGCCCUGCCAGGCUGUUUCCUACACGUGGCUUUAUUUUUAUUCUUUACACAUCCACAUGCCUACUAAGUAAAUGGGCCUGUAUAGAUGAGCUGAUCAGAGUUUAUGUUUUCUGGUUAGCUGGCUGCCAUGCAUCCAUCAGCUGCCUGCUCUGUGGGCAUGACCUACAUAGGAAAAGAUGCUGGUCGAAGUUUUUCAUAGUUAACCAAACAAACAAGUGCGUUAUGACCUGAUUAUAUCUAGACUCCAAUACUAAGCCAGCUGGAUGCAGAUGGUGCAUUCUUGGCUCCUGCACUUUAGUCUUUGUGUGAGAGGGAGUUCCUGCUUGUAGAGGUGACUUUUUCUUCCUAUAAAAACCACAGAUGUAUAGAAACUAUUAUUUUGUAUGAUUUUAGCCUGAUACCAAAGAUACUUUAUUUGUAUCCAAGAGCAAACUUUGACAGAAUAGUCCCUGUGAACAACAACCUUGGGGGGCAGUGUAGCAUAUUUUACAAGUUAUGUGAUUUUUUUUUUCAGUCUGUGCAAGGCUGUAGAAAAUUUUGAGGGUUUCUUAUAUAUUUCAUGCAUUUCAAAUCAUGAUAAAUCAAGAUCAAUGAGAGGUGUGUCAACCUUCUCUGUCAAAAAUAUGGAUUGAAGUCAUGCUACAAUCCACUGACAACCUUUAAUUUUUUUAAAGCAUAUCACAACAGGAUGUUCAACACACUUACACACCCUUCUAAUGUAUCUUUGCACAGGCCUGACUUGUAGCCAGAGACUUAGAGUUUAUUAGAGUUAUUUCUCUUCUGUCCAUUUAAAUGUGAAGUUUCAAGCAAAUAUGAAAACAUAGACUUCUCAUUUGACAAAAGCAUGAACACGACUGCAUUUUUGCACAAUCUGUAUCACUAGUUCUAUGUAGUUUUGAUGACAGGUCAUUUAUUUCUUGUUUGUAGAUUACCAAGGCUCCGUGUGCUCGAUACAUACGUGUCUAAAAGAGAUAUCGGCCUCAAUGGUUUCCAAAAGCAAAAUCUUUCAUCUUGGAGCCAAGAGGUCUUUGAAUGUCACUGCAGUUGCAUCUGGAACAAAUGGUACACACUGACUAGAGAUUUUCACAAGUAUCCAUAAAGCAUAAAAACCCUGAUAAAACCAUUGCUUAUAAAGAUGGACAAAAGACAUCAUGCAUAGAUUUCCUGAACAGUAGUUUUGAAGUUCGGUGUUGCAAUUUUGGCUGUCGCCACCUUGGCAAUGUCUACCUCUACUGGCUAAUCAAAAAAUGUACAAAGAAGUAGAGUGCAUGUGGAGUUGAGGCGGGCCAUACAAACGUCUCUAGGCAAUGAACUGCCCUGGGAUCAUGCCCACCUAUUCUUCAAAAGCGACCACGCCCUUAAUUAUGCAGGAAUUUAACCUUUAAUCCAAUUUUAUAAAAAAUUCACCCCCUGCAUGGUUGUCGUGAACGUGGAAAUUAGCUAUAGAGACCAAAAUAAGUUUUUGUUCCAGGCUGUUAGCAUGUUUAUUUCUGCUGCAAAGUCAAAUAUUUUAACAUGGGGGUCUAUAGGGGUUGACUCACUUUUGGAACCGGCAUCAAGUGCCCAUUCAAGGAACUGCAGUUUUUGAUAACUGGAUAAAACCAGCGCCCCACUGUCAUCACAGCUGGGUUUCACGCUUUUCACAUAAGAAUAUUAUUUAAUACUCAACAGUCUAGGAGCCAGUCUUUCAAUAGAUUUCAUUAUGGUUGAGUUUGUUUCAUUAAAUGUAUGGUGGGGUGGUUACUUGAGAACUUAAUCCGUUAUAGAACCGUGAAUACCUGCUUGAUGAAAUGCAUAUUAAUUCUCUAGAUUCUUAGUAAUUUAUAAAUGAUGAUGCCAUUUGAUGUAAAAUAUUAGUCCUCAGCACUGGUUGCAGGCAACAGUUUAAACUUAGUGCUAUAUUUAAUUCUGGGAAACUUCCUGCAGAUAAGUUGAAUUGUGCAAUACUGUACAGAACUGUGAGAGCUCACAAAAUUGCAAUACAUGGAUGACCAUAGGAAUGUAGGAAACAGCAGCUGUGAGUGGUGGACUGGAACACACCAUAGUAAGAUGCACUGCAGAAGGAUAAUGUUAGCCUGCAACGCUAAAAGCCCUGCUAUUCACUUUGAGCCAGACAAAAGCCUCAAAUUGCAGUUACAUUACUGGGGAGGUGCUUGUCUGCUGCAGUGGAGCCUGCAGCUAGGCUCCGACCAGGCCACGGCUGUUCUGUGAACUGUCUGGUAGUUAUGCCUUAACCUUUUCACUCAGAACUAUUAAUGCAGCUUUAGGAUAGCAUUUUUGAAAUGAAAGAUCCAUCGAUUUUGUCUCCCGUGUGAAUGUAAACGCUUCAACCACCUGACCAUCAGGGCUCCAUGCUGCUUGACGCUUGCAUGGCUAAAUAAAACAGUUUGGAUUAGCUUUGUGAAAACAGCUAAGCAUUCUUCUUUCGAAUUUGUCAAGGUGUUCUCAUUAUUAGUAUUCUAAAUUCUAAUUCUAAAAUUGAUCUCAAUUUGGCACAGUGUGGUUCUACAAAAGCUUAACAAGACAUUAUACAAUCACAAGUGAGGUUUGAAUAUGUUGCAGAUUUGCCUUAAGAUUAUAUUGAGCUUUCCAAUUAAGAGCUAAUGCUAAGUGCCCUGCAGGCUAACAUUUUUGUAGCUUCUUCUCUGUGCAUGCUUCGGGGAAAAGGGAGGAAAAGCAAGCUGUGGUGUAUGACAAGUGAAAUUGCACUAAAAAUCACAGUUGUUUGAUAUUUGAGAGCAUACAGUACAUUUUAGACAUAGCAUUUAUUCUUGUUCCUCAUGAUAAUAUGAGUGUUAAUGACUUUUUUCAAGGAGUGAUGAAUACACACAUUCAGUUGCUGUUGUGUUCUUAAUUUAUUCUGUUUUCCAUUUUAAUCAUUUGCACUUGAAAUGAAUGGAUGUGUGUUCAAAUGACAUUUUUGCUUGUCAGGAUUGCAAAUAGAUAAGGAAGUAUGUGUGUGUUCAAUGAGUGAAAAGAUCUCUGCUGUAACAAAGCCUGGCAUCCCCAAAGCACCUCUGCAUUAUGAAUGGACGACAAAAACAUCUGCAUUUAAAUACACGUUGCAUUCAUUAGCCAAUUACAGACAGCCGACCUUUUCCUGUUUCAACACAGUGCACCUCCUGUUACUACACACAGAUGAUCUUAGCGCUUAGAUGCUUUUUAAAGUGGGCUACAAUCUGCUGAAAAUGUGAAUUGUUUUCAAUGGAUUUUUUUUUGGCAAAGACUAAAGUGUAUUGUUACAGAGAGUCAAAGAAACUGAAAAUGUAUCCCACCUGUGUAUGAAAUAUUUAAGUGGUUAAUACCAAAUAAAAGUUAAAAACAAAA